AUGGGCCCUUCUGGGACUCUAGAACCAGAGGGGAUACGUAUCUCGGGCCAGAAUUCCGAUGACCUUGUCGCUCGCAACGACGACAGCUCAGGCUGCUUCUACUGCUUCAACUCAGGCACAUCUACGCAAACAUUGUCGUUCAUUUCGUACCGCGAUAUUCUCCACGCUUCCAGUCUUGAAACCAACACCAGCGACGUCCACCAGGCAGAAAUCACCUACGUCGUUCCAGUGGAGUCCACAGUGGAAGUUCGCAAGAUCGUGGUCCACUUCCCAGAAGUGGACUUGGAAGCAGCCGAACCCAUCGCCAACCUCAUUCUAAAGAAGGCCUACCCCGAGAACAACUCCAAGCCUUCGGUGUUGCUUCUCAUCAACCCACACGGAGGAAAGGGCGAGGCUCUCCACAUUUAUCAGAAGAAAAUCUUGCCUAUUUUUCAGGCAGCUAACCUCCAGUUCACCUUCAAAGAGACUGAGUACAGUGCCCAUGCAGUGGAGAUUGCCAGAGAAUUGGAUGUGGAUAAAUACGACAUUGUUGCGUGCUGCUCUGGUGACGGGAUACCCCAUGAGGUCAUCAAUGGGUUUUACCAGCGUGAAGACAAGGGUGUGACCGCGUUCAAUAAGGUGGCAGUGACUCAAUUGCCUUGUGGCUCUGGUAAUGCCAUGGCAUUGAGUUCUUACGGCUCUGCUGAUGCCAGUUUGUGCACAUUCGAGAUGUUGAAGUCCAAAAGAAAGAAGCUUGACUUGAUGGCAGUGACCCAGCUCAUUGACGGGUCUGAGGUGACUAAGUUAUCUUUCUUAACCCAGUGUUUGGGAGCUGUGGCAGAUGCUGAUAUCGGUACUGAAAACCUCAGGUGGCUUGGUCCCAUCCGGUUCGAGUUGGGUUGUAUCCAAAAAAUCUUUAGCAGGGCUACAUAUCCUUGUGAUUUGUACGUGAAACCUGUCACCGAAACGAAAAACCAAAUCACGAAACAUUAUGAAUACCAUGCUCAGAACCCAAAGGACCACUUGCCCCUGCUUUCAAAGGACGAUUUCGUAUUGAAUGGACCAAAGCUCUCAGAAAUCCCAUCCAGUGACUGGAUCAAGCUUCCUGCAAGCCAAACCGAUAACUUGACCCUCGCCUACGUAAGUAAAUUGCCUUAUGUGUCCCAUGAGGUCCAGUUCUUUCCUGCUGCCCUACCUGAUGACAAAGCGAUGGAUAUGAUAUUGGUAGACACGGGUUCUACUAUCCUAGAACACUUAGCAGUGCUUACAAACACAAAGGAGGGUAAACAUGCUCUCCAAGACAAAAUACACCACCAAAAGAUCUCGUCGUACAGACUUGUUCCGAAAUCUAAGGACCCUGAAAAUCACUACCUUUCAGUGGAUGGUGAGAGUUUCCCAUUCCAAACCUAUCAGGUUGAAUUAAUACCACGAGCACUUACGAUCUUGUUACCCGAAGGCACAUUUGUUGAUACUCAUUACUCGAAACAACUUUUCCAAAAGGCCUAA